AUGGCGGACUCCACAGCCAUCGAGCCCGCUCACGGCAAUGCAUCUCCCAACCAAAACACCCGCCUCUCCACGGCAAAGAAACACAUCCAAUUCAUGAUUGACCCGAAAACCUCACCGCAGCCAACCCAGCUCCGCACCCGCGCCUUCCUCCGCAGUCUCCGCUACAUCACCGUCUUCCUCUUCUGGCGAAUCGUUCGAUAUGCCAAAUACGCAGCCAUUGGCGCGAUAGUCGCUGCAAUCAGCGGAACGGCAAUCGGAUCUGUGGCGAGCGGUGCUGCGUUUUUGAUUGCGCCGACGGGAAUUCUCGGUGGUGCUGGCGUGGGACUGUUGUGGGCUAUGGCGAGAUUUGGAUGGAAUCGGGCGAGUCAUAGGGUACGGAAGAAGAAUGGCGAAGUCGGUGCGGAUCCAAGGAAAGACGAGCAGGAUGAUGCGGGUGAAGGAGAGGAGAGGGAAGCGGUGCCGCUGAUACCAAAGGCGGAGCCUUGGUAG